UUCUGGCAAGUGAGAGGGGCGACAAUGAAGGCAUUAGGUUUCCAGAUGAUAAUAUACUGAUUCAGGGGCCACGAAGAGUUAAAGAGACACCAGCACCAAAGAACAGGAGUUUGCCUUCCUGAACCGUUCUGCCGAUUAUAAAAGACCCAAGGAUACUCCAGCAGUGUAAGCCCCUCUCUCACAGGGUUUCUAUCACGCCCCAUCCCACAUCACUGCCAGCCUUACCUCACACCGAUCGCAAAAUACUUCACAAGACUCCUUCCAGUAGGACUUGGAAAUUUGGAAGGACAUUUUGCCAGUGUCUGACUACAUACAAGAGGACGCCGCUUUUCAAUUUUUGACUGGCCAUCAUGAAGCUGUGCUCCACACUGUGUCUGAUCAGGUUACUCUGCGCCCUGCAUGGAACAAGUGCAUUUGUAUCUUCAGUGAAUGUCUCCAGCGUGUUCCUUUCGUCGAGCUUCAGCGAGAAAGCGUCGUCCGGGAAAAAAGACCUGGGACCCGGGGAUGUCCCGAAAGUCAGGCGGAGACGAUACAUCUCCCCAACUGAUAAAUCGGUUAUUCUCGAUUACCACAAUAAGGUUCGAAGUCAAGUCAGUCCACCGGCUGCGAAUAUGGAGUAUAUGGUUUGGGAUGAUAAUCUGGCAAAGUCUGCUGAAUCAUGGGCUGCUACAUGCAUCUGGGACCAUGGACCAUCGUACCUACUGAGAUUUCUGGGACAAAAUCUAUCAGUUCGCUCUGGACGCUAUCGAAAUAUUCUACAACUGGUAAAACCCUGGUACGAUGAAGUGAAGAGCUAUAGUUUUCCGUAUCCUCGUGACUGUAAUCCUAGGUGCCCCCUGAAAUGUUACGGACCAGUAUGCACACACUACACCCAGAUGGUUUGGGCAACAUCCAAUCGAAUAGGCUGUGCAAUCCAUACGUGCCACAAUAUGCAUGUCUGGGGGUCAACCUGGCGACGUGCUAUAUACCUCGUUUGCAAUUAUUCUCCAAAGGGAAAUUGGAUUGGGGAAGCUCCGUACAAAGUUGGAGUGCCAUGCUCAGCCUGUCCACCCAGUUAUGGAGGAGCCUGCAGCAACAAUCAGUGUUUCCCACGAGUAACCUCAAACUACCUAUACUGGUUCAAAUGAUCCGUUAGAUUUAUGGAAUAAGCUAGUAGCACCACAUUAGGAUUCCUCUACAGAGAUACUAGUCAGCUGAAGGAACUUUGCAGAACAUAUUUUAAUUAAUAUACCCAUUACUAUCACUGAAAGUUUUGUCUUAAUGGUAUCAUCUUACAAAACACUUAACAUUAUCAUUGUACUGCUUUUAACUUUCACCAAACUAGCUCUUAUAGAAAUGCAAGAAUGUAUUAUAUCAACACAAGGCGCUGUAUUUAUGGAGAAAAAAAAAACAGCAUGAUACUGCAGAAUGUUGCUACCUUUUUUUUACAGGGUGAGAUUAGAAAGCAGUUUGCUGCAAGAUUUGUGCUUGGAUGUGGUUUAAUGUUCCUGAGUUGGAAAAACUGUUCACUGAUUAUCCUAAUGGGUAUGUGUAGAUUUGCACCUUGGUUACUGUUAAAACAUGAGGGUCAGCUAGAUAAGCUAAAGAAUGUGCUUGUAGAAAGCAGUAUUUACAACAAUUUGUAAUUUAAUCAUCUCUGCCCUGAGUAAUUGAGGCAGUCUAGCUAUUAAAGCUUCACAUGGUGCUAAGAAGUUUAUUUAAGAAACCUGCAAUUUCAGAGGGCGCACAGUUCUAUGUCAGGCAUUACUUAAAAGUACUUAUCUAUGGUAUUAAAGUAUGGAAAAAAUGAUAAAGGUGCUUCACAUCACUAUGAUCAACAUUUUGAUCAUUGACCACUUUUCCUGUAACAAUGGGAAAUUAUAAACUGUAGCUCUUGGCAGCUCAAACACAUCAACACAUCUGUAGGGUCAGGUAGCACACGAGCUGGCCUCUUGUGCAAAUUAACAAUCUAUUACAUUUCUACAAAACGUACGAAGGAUCAUACUCAUUGUCUCCAGCUGCAUGGAUUAUUAAUUUUCUGCUUUGGAUCCCAAAUCAUUAAUGUUACUGGAUCGUUAUUGCUUAUUCCAUUGAUAAUACUUCUACAGUAUUGACUUAAUGCCUUUUCCCGUCAACAGGUUUUGAAGCAAUGAAAGCAUUUGUCUAGCAUCUUUAAUUUUCCCUAGGCACUUUUGUCUUAAAAUCCCAUUCAUGAUUAAUACAUUCAGAGAAACUGAUUAGAAACAAUGACUGCUUGAGCAGAUUAAUUGCACAAUCAUAUGUGUACAGUUCACAACCACCAUCUCAAGGGCAUCUCAAAAGGGUGGACAAUAAAUACCAAGACAGUAGCACUCACAUCCGAUGAGUGAAUAAGAAAUAAUGUUUGAAGUUUAAUGCAAGUUGCAUUCACUUGGAGUUUUGGGUUCUUUGCUCACAUUUUCUUGGUGCAAUUCAUUCAAAAUCAGUACAUCCAGUGCAUCAGAUUGUAGAAUUUAAGCAAAUUAUGUUCAGUGGAAAUUAUGUUUCUGCAAACUUUCAUGCUGAUUUCAAAAUAUUCUGCCAGUUUUACUAUAAAACUCUACAAGAACUCUUCUAGACUGAAUUUAUUACUGUCCUGACUUUUCAAUAAUAGACAUUCAAAAAGGCUGAAGAAGCAAAGUUAUUAAGAAUGCCAUUUUCAAAAGACAUUUUUCCUCAUUAGUGAACAAACUACAAUAUGACAACAUAUUCAGCAAAUAGCUUUUUGAAAAAAGAAAUUCUUCGGUUAUGUAAAAUCAGCUCAAUAUGGGUUUUAGACAAGACAUUGAUUAAAAUACUGUUUCUUUUUAAUUAACCUAUGUUCAGGUGUAUUAAUAAAACUAGUGUGCUACAUUUGUGAUUAAUUGACACCAGAAGGAGAUGCCAGUUAACACAUGGAAUUGUUCUCCAUUGAAUAUUAAUGUUUUCCGGGGGCAAGGAGAUUUAAGCAGACAAAAUUGAAGAAAAGAAUAAUCAAAAACUGCACAAUAACAGAAAUGACUUUGUUCCACAUUUUCUUUCAUGUCAUAAAUCAAGUGCUCACUUGGUAGUGAUAAAUUGCUUUUGUUGUAUGUAAUGAAAGGGGGUGUAGAGGCUAAACCAAUGCACUGAAGAUACACUAACUGAGGCACUGGUACAGUUGUGACCAUUGCACUGUCCUGUGGUCUAUUGACAAUUUAUAACAGAAGCAUUCAGUAACAAAAUCCAUUAACAAGCAUUAGAUUCUGAUGGACAAGGAAAAAAGCAUUUCCUCCACUAAAAAAUGAAGAAAGUAGCCACAGCCUCAGGCGUUCCUUCAUGUAGAGCCAUUUCAUAGUCCAGAUUGAUACAUAUUGUACAGAUUGAUACAUAUUGUACAGAUUGAUACAUAUUGUACAGAUUGAUACAUUUUGGAUACUGAUACGAACUUUUUAAACAAUUGCUAGUACUAAUUAGUACCUUGCAUCAUCAAAUAGAAUAACUAAAACCAGGCAGAGUAUGUGACUGUGCAAACACCAUUUAAGAGUAAUUAUUUUUCUGGUUUUAUAUUUUAAGAUUACACUUGAUAAAAAAAAUUAUUUUGUGAACCAUUAAAAUUAUUUAGGGACAGCAGAAGAAAAUGGGUUUGUUUACUUCAAAGAACAAGGUCAUACAUCAGACAAUACUAGGUGAGAAUUCAACAGGUUUAUUUGAAAUCACAAGCUUUCUGAUCAUUGUCCCUUUGUCAAGUGGACAGGGACAGAGCUUCAAAAGCUUGUGAUCUCAAAUAAACCUGUUGGACUGUAAUCUGGUGGCAUCUGAUUUCUGACCUUGUCCACCCCAAUCCAACAUCGGUACCGCCACAUACUUGAAAGAACCUUCAUCUCUUUGAUCUGGCUACUUCACACCUCGGAAUUUACUUUUGGUUGAUAUAAUUGGAUGUAUUUUUGUUGGCAGUCACAGACUGAACAAUUAAUGUUUGUGGGUUUCAUUCAUUACACUUCACAAAUGUGAUGGUGGGAUUUACAGUAGGUGUGGUGGGGGGAAUGGGAUUUAAGCUUUCAUUCAGCUCACUAUCAAAGGUAGUGAGAAUGCAACCUUAGGCUCCUGCCCUCAUUCUGCAAGAUCCAAGGAUAACUGCCUAAAGUUAAAAGUUUAUUUUGUAGAAUUGCAGAUGGGGUUCUGAUGAUGUAAUAUUAAUCCAAAACUGGAUAGUAGAGUCAGACCUGGGAGGUGGGCCAGCAAUGGACCAAUACUGUAGGCUUUUUGAGCAUUUUCUUUCCAUUUUUGUGCGGGUUGUGAAAAGCAAAUUUACUCCUCCAGAUUGCAUAAGUGCCUUUGGGUCUCCUUUACUCUGUGUUCCUUUUCCCCAGGAUCAUUUCUGGUUCCUGGGUCUUCAUUUGAAGCUGCUCUGUUUUCACGUUUAAAUGGAUAUCUCAUUGAAAACAUAUUGAAGUAAAAUUCUGUUUUUUAAAUACAAAAUUAAAAACACAUACAAAAUAGUCAGUAUUUUGAGCUACACAAAACUUAAAUUAGCCUUUCAAUUACAUUGUUUGAUAUGUUAGCCCUUAACACAUUUGCCUACAAUUCCUUUUCCAUGUUUUAUCUAUUCUAGACAUGAUAAAUUUGCUAUUAAAAUAAGAAAAUAGUAUCAGUGUUGAAUAAUACGGGUGCUUCAAAGUCAUUGCAACUUUUUUACGAUAGACAAAAAAAAUUGUAAGGUAAAGAACUGACAGCCAGUCAGUUACCUGCAUUCACAUUCUCAUCUAAGGUAAAAUUACCCUUGUACCUGUUACCCCAAAAUAAUAAUCAUUAAUGAACUAAAAAAAUUGAUUCCAGUCCAAAACGAAGUGAACUAUUUGGAAACCUGGUUUACAUUCUUAAGCAGUAAGAUAUAUAUUUGUUAAUCCUGUUUCAUUUUAUAUUGCAUUGAAACCGAUUUAUUGUAUUUGUAUUUAAAAUACUUUUGAAAGAUUUGUACUUAAACUGCAACACCAUAUAUAAAUCAUCCGUCUUGAAAUUCACAUACUGAUAUUGAUGGAAAC